AUGUAAGUCGUGACGGGACAAGCUGGUGUGACUGUUAACACCCGCCAGAAAGAUCUAGUAUGCAAUCACGAAGGACAGCGGCUGUAGACAGAAGAACAACACAACGGGAUGCAAUAGCCAAUGAACUGUGUGUUGCAGGUGAAAGAGCGCUGUCGCCGAUACUUGUGGCGACACAAACGAACUUGCGCGCCUCCGUCGUUUCGAGCGCCGACAGACCUUGAAGCACGCAGACCGUCGUAUCCCAGAAUGUUAAUCAGUAAACACCACUAGCUCUAGGCCGACGUCAUCGCCGAAAAGGGGUAUAUCAUUGCCCGAUCAGGGCAAGCGCGCGGUUUCGAUCGACCAGGCGCGUGGGAGCACUCCACUGGCAUCUGAGUUGUGCCCAGCGCCACACCUGCCUAUCCGCUAUAUAUCCGUCUUAUACCCACCCACCCGUCAUCCAUGUCUCCCCCACUUUUGUCUUCCCCCACCGCUCCCCCUCCCGAUACCGCAUCCGAACACAGCCUCUACUACGACGCACCCAUCAUGCAUAUAUUCACCAGAAAUAAUGAGGACGGCGAAACUGUCGAUGACUCUAUCCUCCCGACGGCUGACACCGACCAUAACGUGGCUCCAAAGGCAGAUCAGCCGCAGGACGGCGAGCAAGCCGAUCUCGACCGCCCGUCGUCAGUGAGCAUCGCACCGAACCCCGUCAUCGCCACGGACAAGGGAAGUGCCAGCACAAGCGAUACCAGUGGUGACGUUAACGACGAGCAACUCCCUGUCGGCUCCAAGUCAUCCGCAGCCGCGGCGAGCACGACCUCUGACUCCGGCUAUGCAUCUUCAGCGGGCGCGAAAGACAAACAAAGUUCGACGUCCCGCUCCCCACGAACCAGCACCGACAUGAAGCCUAUUCCCAUCCUCUGGACGGACAACGCCCAGAACCCCCGGCGUAAUGGCGUCGUGGACAGCAACGCACCGCAAGGUACCGACGAAAACGCCGACGUCGAUGAGGACUUUCCUAUGGACGAGCCGUCCCGUCACGGCCGGACCCGCUCCAUAUCGAGGCGCACGGGCUCCUUGCGUUCCUUCCGCUCAGCUACCUCUCGCGGGCGCAGCCAUGAUCGCGCCGAUUUCGAGAGCGGGCGUAGCACAUCGGCGUCGCGCUUCUCCGAGAGGCGGCGGCACUUCAGCCUCAGCGGAGGUACCUUUGCAGAGGGUCCCGGCACAAUUGGGCCUAGUGCGACGCCCCAGCCGGACGAUACGCACAGCUUUGUGGAGAGGAGCAAGGUCGCGGAGGCCGGGCUGACGCCGAAGCAAAGGUCACGCAUCGGGAAGGCGCAUGCCAAAGUAGGCAAGCAGAUCUCCAAAGUGCUCAAGUCUGAAGGGAAGGUGGAGCGCAAGGCACUAGAGCAGGCGAUCAAGGAGCUCGCGGACAUCCAGAAGAUGCAGAAGAACGCGGUGCGCGAGGAAAGCCGUGCGGUGAGCGCACACGCCAAGGCGCUGCGCACGUUCCACAAGGAGGAGCUCGAGCACCUUGCGGCGAAGGCGCGUUUUGAUCGUGCGCAGGCGGAGUUGUGGACAUAUGAGGAUGCGAGGGAGACGGCGAGGGAUCAUGCGGCGGAUAUUACGGAUAUGCUGAAGGAGAAGAAUUUGGAGGUGGAGUGGUUGAGAGCGCAGAAGGCCGCUGAUGACAGCGAAAGGGAAGCGAAGAUGCAGCAGCUGACGGGCAAGCCGUGAAAGCAAAUGUUAAGUACUUGCCAUUUCACGACGUCUACAUAUACACGACCUCUCCCUCUCUCAUGCUUUCAGAGUAUUUAUUGCUCAACGUCAAUGCGUACCAUUCUACUGUAACAUAGUAUCAGUAUACACGGAGGAAAGUUUCACAUGUACACUUUUGAACGCAUAUAUUGCAUUUUGAUGAGCAGAGGACGCAAGCUCAUGUUGCGUAUCUGGUCCAGCUUUAUCAAUUGAAAUCGAAGCAGCGCGUUCGUGG